AUUUAAGGAUUUCACAUGUGGAGAGUGAAUGUCGGAGGAGGAGGAGGAGGAGGAGGAGAUGUGUCUGUAAAUUUUUGCUUGGCAGCUUCGAAAGCUGCUCUGCUUUCUUCAUUAUUCUUUGCCUACUCUCUUACUCCACUCCACUCCAUCUUCUUUACAGUGACAGCCAAGCAAACAAAAACAAAAUCAAACCUCACAAUCAAAACCAAAAAGAUACUCAUUCUACUCAUUCCGAGUCACUGAGUUCAAAGAAAAAUAUCGGAGAAAAUUGACCACUCACCCGCUCAGAAACCUCACAACUCGUAUGAUAUGGUCUCUGUUCAAGUCGGAUUUUUGUUCCUUUCCUUUGUAGAAAUAUAGAGUGGAAAGAAAGGAAAAUGUAUGCAUCCAUGUCGGCGGAUUUCAUGUGAGGAUCGGGACCCACUUCUCUAAGAACAAGAAGAAGAAGAUCCAUGUGAUUAAUCUUCCUACUUCUCCCUGCUUUUCGUUCUCGAAUCCAUGAAUUAUCUGCAACAUUCUCUUUUUCUUUUUUAUUUUUUAGUUUUUUUGGGUCGAUAGAAAAAUUAGCGCCUGCAAUAUUCUUGCGGGAAGAAAAAAAUAAUGAAGUCUGCAAAAGAACACCUCCCAACAUUGUUUAGAGUACUACAAGCUGAACCCACCAAGCUUUCAGAAUAACAAUUGAAAAAAAUACAAACUUCCUCAAAUCUAAACUUCUCUUCCUCUAUCUCUCUCUGUUUAUAUCUGUAAAAGCUUGUGUCUCUCCCUGGAUUUCCAUGGACAGCAGGACCCGCCUUGAUUAUGCUCUUUUCCAGCUUACUCCCACCAGAACCAGAUGUGAUCUGGUGAUCUUUGCGGGGAAGGAGAGCGAGAAGCUGGCAUCGGGGCUGUUGCAGCCGUUCGUUUCACAUCUGGACUGGGCCAAAGAUCAGAUUUCAAAAGGUGGCUACUCCAUCACUCUUCGCCCCGUUGGCUCUGAUGCUUCCUGGUUCACCAAAGCCACUAUGCAGAGAUUUGUGAGAUUUGUUAGCACACCAGAAAUUCUUGAGAGAUUUGUGACAGUAGAGAAAGAGAUAGUGCAGAUUGAGAAUUCCAUCCAGUCAAAUGAAACUGCUGCUGCAACAGAAGGGGAAGGAAAUGACUCGGUUACUAAAUGGAAUCCCUCGAAGUUAACAGCCUCGUCUAAGUCAACAGGGGAAUCUAAUGGGACCAGUGGUGAUGUACCAGAAGAAAAUUCCAAGAUACGUCUUCAGCGUGUUCUGGAAACUAGGAAGGCAGUACUCAGCAAAGAGCAAGCAAUGGCUUAUGCUCGUGCUUUAGUUGCCGGGUUCGAACUGGACUUUAUAGAUGAUCUUAUAUCCUUUGCAGAUGCUUUUGGAGCAUCACGUCUAAGGGAAGCUUGCACAAAUUUCAUGGAAUUAUGCAAGAAAAAAAAUGAAGACAGGCUCUGGAUGGAUGAAAUUGCAGCAAUGCAGGCCUGCUCUCGGCCAGACUUGUCUUUUAUGGGAAAUUCUGGAAUUAUACUUGCUGGUGAAGAUAACGAUAUGAUGAACGCGGCGGCGUUCUCUGGUGGGAAGCAGAAUGGUUCAGUGGAUGCUUCAAGUCAGGGAAGUUCAGAGGUUAACCAAGAUGGUAGCUUGCCAACAUCGCAGAUGCUACCCACUGAUGGGAAACCUCAGGUGCCAAUGCAAUGGCCACCACCAUACAUGCACAAUUUUCACAUGUUCCAACAAGUCCCAUACCAGGGAUACCUUUUCCCGGGAAUGCAGGGUGCCUCGCCAUAUUAUCCUGGGAACAUGCAAUGGCCGCCUCCAAAUAUGGAAGAUUCUAGUCCUAAUCAUGAUUGGGAACCUGGUGACCAUAGGAAUCAGAAAUCAUCUUCUAGGAGCAAGAAGAAAUCGUCACGUGGAAAAGGAUUGGAGAAUUCAAAGCAAAACCAAUCCACUGAGUCUCCUGAUUCCAGCUGUGAGAGUGAAUCAGAUGAGCAGGGCAGUGAGAUGCGCAAGAAAAAGCAUGGGAAGAAGUCCUCACGGAAGGUAGUUAUUCGCAACAUUAACUACAUUACUUCAAAGAGGAAUGGAGAGAAGGGAAGUGAUUCUGAGGAUGAAUCUGACGAGGAGGAUUUUAUUGAUGGAGAUUCGCUCAAACAACAGGUGGAGGAAGCUGUUGGGUCAGUAGAGAGGCGUCAUAAAUCAACUUCACGCCAUCAUAGAAAACAUGGCAGUGGCAAGAACCAUAAUAAUGGUUCAUACGACGCAGCUGAUCAGGAAACAAAUAAUGUUGCUGCAAAUUCUGAUGGAAAAAAAGGAAAUGACAAUUGGGAUGCUUUCCAGAACCUCCUGAUGAAGGAGAAAGAUUCUGAUAGUUUUGGAAUAGAACCACUUCUUGUCCAGGGGGAAUCCCUUUCAACUAAGAGCUCUGAUGAGAGAAGUUUGUUGGCAUUGAACAUGGAGUCUGAGGGAGUAAGAAAGCAACGAGCAAUUUCAAGUGACUCUUUUGUUGCUAUGAAAGAUACAAGGGCUGAAGGUGAAACUCGCAAUGAUACUUUUGAAACGGCUGCAAAUGCCCGGCCAAUUGUUAGGACAAGGGGAAGCACCUAUGAGGAGGAGUUAUUUUCUCAAAGAACUGGAAAUCCAGGUAAUUCUUUGCAAGUUAAUAUAUCCGAUUAUGCUGGAGAGUCUACCGUGAUCAGAAGUCGCGGAGAAAGAGACUGGUUUAUCAGUAAAAAUGAACCAGCAAAUCCAGAUGAGAGCAUAGGCCUCAAAAGCUUUGACGGUGAUCUUGCAUCAAUUGCUGGUGACCAUUCUUACGUUCAGAAGAAAAAUGAGAAUGCUUUGACUGAUGACUCUUUUAUGGUACAAGCUCGAUCUAUAGGAGAUGAUCAAUCUGAUUAUCAGUUAAGGACAGAUAUAAGCAUGGUUCCAGACAUUGUUGGAGCCACUCACUAUAAAAAUGGCACACCUGAAGUGUCUCAUGGUAAGCCAAAGAAUGUUACUGCACAUGAACCAGAUGACCUCUUCAUGGUGCUUGGACGUGAUUCAGCCAUUGAGGAUGCUGUUAUGCCUUGGACUCCAGAAAUUAACUACGAAAAUGAUAUCUUGGCAGCUGAAGCAAGUGUAAGACACUGUGAUGCUGAAGCAAAUGGAGAUGCUGAUAAUAAACUGUCUUCCGAUGGUAAGGGCAGUAGUACUAAAAAUUGUGGAAUUGCUGGAGGAAAAGCUCCUAGUAAAAAUGCAAGAUCUAAAGUUCCAAAUGGACCUGUUGGGAGGAGUAAAUCGGAUCUCGCAUCAGGGAGCAGGAAACCACCUUCUGGGAGCAGAACAGCAGUCCCUAAGAGCAAAUUUGAGAAGGAAGAAGAGAACAGGAAGAGAAUGGAGGAGCUACUGAUUCAGCGGCAAAAGAGAAUUGCUGAAAAAAGUGCUACCAGUGGUUCUAGUCCACUCACAUCCAAGAAAGCUUCGACAGAAAAUAGGACUGGUAAAGCUUCUACCAAAAAUGAGAAGGCUAAAAUUCAGUCACCAGCUGAAGAAACCAAGAAAAUAAAUAAACCGGUUCUAAGGAGUUCCACCAUUGACCGACUUGCAACUGCACGGACAGUUCCAAAGGAGUUGCCGAUUAAAUCAAAAUCCAGCCAACCCAAAAAGUUGUCUCAAAAGGCAAAUGGAACUGCAGCAACCUUAUCACAGAAUAUUGCUUGCGCUGAUGAUAAAAAGUCGACACCAAAAAAAAGCAUAUCUUCUGAUAAGAAAAAUGGUCAAAAUAACAUAGGCAAGUUACUUUCUCAUGAGUCUGAUCUGAAGAGUAAGGAGGAUCCAAAAGAAGCCGCAACAGGAUUGCUAGUGGAAUUAGCAGAAGAGAAAGCAACUCAACAUGCUGAUAUUGUUGAUGACUUCAAAAACAUCAAGGAAUUGCGCAGUAUUUCGUCAAUCGAGAAGGUCGAAGCUGAAGGCAAUUUACCUUCACAGGUUAAGACAGAUGAUAAAAACUCCAAUGGGGUGAAUCCUGAAGAUGAGUUGGAACAGUCAAAAUACUUGAAUGGUGAUCGAGAAAUAUUGAAUGAAUCAACAGCAAUUUGUGAAGACAAAAUAUCUCUAAUGAUUCUAGUGAACAUACUCCUGAAAUAACGGUUCAUCGUAAAUCACCAGCACCCAAGAAAGUUGUGAAGUUUUGUGAUGUGACAAUGGAGGAUAAUGUUGUAGUAAACCAGCAUUAUCUCUUGUCAAAAGUUUCUGAGAUAGAAAUCUCAACCCCUCCAACUGAUGAAAUGAGCA